CAAUAUGCAAUGAUUUCGUGAAAGAAGAAAGUUUUUAUAAGAGAUCCAACCUGUAACUAACCAUAUGGUUCUUAAAUUUCUUUUAAGGCUUCUGCACCACGAAAAUGUAAUUCAAAAGAUUGCAGAGAGCCCACCCAUCAGACAAGCAGCUCGAUAUGUAGUGUCAAUUUACCACAGAUUCCAUUCUGGAGAAUUGAGUGAAUUAAUGAAAAAGUUUGAGAAGAUGGCUGAAACUUCUUCUAAAGACACACCUAAGUCAACUAAUACUCUACCAAAACAAAUUGGAUUCACAGAGACAUUUAAAAAGGAACUUAAAGAAGGAUUUAAAGAACUGGAACAAAAAUCUAAAAAACAAUGACAAGGAAAGGACUAGCAAAGUGUUAUUUAUUGUUUGUUAUUUCAUAUGCAGGGAUGAAUUCUUGCAUUUAUACACACGUUUUUUAAUAAAAUGAAAAAUAACAAA